GCGCUGCAAAUUUCCACCGGGGAGGGAGAGUGGCUGGAUGCUGAGAGUUUGGAGUUGCUUGCGGCGGAGGGCAGGAAGGGGAGCAGGGCCGGGAAAGGGGGCUGGCGGGCGCUAUAUCUGGGAGUAAGUUUCCAGGAUCGAGAGAGCCUGCACGCUUGCUCACUACUCUGCUCGCCCCCCAUCCCGCCCCCCAAGCGGAGACUGGUCUUGUCGGAUUGCCCAUGCACUUGUUGCAGAAACAGCCAAGGCCCUGGCUCUGGAGGAUGCUGAAGGAGGAAGACACGGAAGCAGGACAACCCUGAAAAAUUGCGCCUCUUAAUCCUGAAACAGAACCAGGUCUCCUCUUCCCGCCUGUCCAUCAGCAUGAGAGCAGCAUGACUGGCCGGCCGCAGGAGAAGUCCCCGGAGCCAGGCCCCCAACUUAGCCAUCUGCUGCAGAGAUCCAGGUGUGAGCAGCGUCUCCUCACCACGGUGGUGUUUGGUCCGGACCUCAGCCGGGGUGAGGAUGUAAGACCCCCAGCUCUGCACAUGAGUGGUACAGGCCACCAGGAACACCUGGCUCCAGCCACGUCCACAGACAUGUCAGCCGUGGAAUAAAGUGGACACUUUUUCUCAGCUUCUCAGGGUUUCAGUCCUUUUGGGUUUGUUUUACCUUUUUUUAUGGUUUUGUGGCUGGACGUUCACAACCAAGGCGGACACCAUGGGGGAUCAGCAGCUGUACAAGACCAACCAUGUGGCCCACGGUGGUGAGAACCUUUUCUACCAACAGCCACCACUUGGUGUCCACGGAGGGCUGAACCACAACUAUGGGAAUACAGUCACAGGGGGUGGAAUGGAUGCCCCUCAGGCCUCGCCCAUCUCUCCCCACUUCCCUCAAGAUACGCGGGAUGGUCUGGGCUUGCCCAUUGGCUCCAAAAACCUUGGCCAGAUGGAUACCUCAAGGCAGGGAGGGUGGGCAGGCCAUACAGGACCUGGAAACCAUGUCCAGCUACGUGGCAACCUGGCCAACUCGAACAUGCCCUGGGGGGCUCCGGCCCAGGCUGAGCCCACGGAUGGCUACCAAUACACCUAUUCCCAGGCCAGUGAGAUCCGGACCCAAAAGCUCACCAGCGGUGUCUUACACAAGCUGGACUCUUUCACCCAGGUGUUUGCCAACCAAAACCUGCGAAUUCAGGUCAACAAUAUGGCCCAGGUGCUGCACACCCAGUCAGCAGUGAUGGAUGGAGCCCCUGACAGUGCCCUCCGCCAGCUGCUAUCUCAGAAGCCCAUGGAGCCCCCAGCACCCGCUGUACCUUCCCGCUACCAGCAGGUGCCCCAGCAGCCUCACCCUGGUUUCACUGGAGGGCUGUCCAAACCAGCUAUUCCAGUCGGGCAGUACCCUCCUCAAGGGCACCUGUAUUAUGACUACCAGCAGCCCCUGGCUCAGAUGCCAGUGCAGGGAGGACAGCCGCUGCAGGCGCCACAGAUACUGUCACAGCACAUGCAACAGAUGCAGCAGCACCAGUAUUACCCACAGCAGCCCCAGCAGCAAGCUGGGCAGCAGCGUAUCUCCAUGCAGGACAUGCAGCAGCAGCAACAGAUCCGUCCGCCCCCGCCUCAGCAGCCGCAGCCACAGCAGCAGCAGCAGCAGCAGCUCCAGCUGCAGCCGCGGCAGGGGUCAAUGCAGAUACCUCAGUAUUACCAGUCCCAACCCAUGAUGCAGCACUUGCAAGAGCAGCAGCAACAGAUGCACCUGCAGCCCCCUUCGUACCACAGGGACCCUCACCAGUAUACCCCGGAGCAGGCACACGCUGUCCAGCUGAUUCAGCUGGGCUCCAUGCCCCAGUACUACUACCAGGAGCCCCAACAGCCCUACAGCCACCCUCUCUACCAGCAGAGCCACCUGCCCCAGCACCAGCAGCGUGAAGACAGUCAGCUGAAGACUUACUCUAGCGACAGGCCGGCCCAGGCCAUGCUGAGCUCCCAUGGGGACUUGGGGCCUCCUGAUACAGGGAUGGGAGACCCAGCAAGCUCAGACCUGACCCGGGUCAGCAGCGCCCUCCCUCAUCGGCCGCUCCUGUCCCCCAGUGGAGCCCACCUCAACAACAUGGGACCCCAGCAUCAGCAGCUGUCUCCCAGUGCCAUGUGGCCCCAGAUGCACCUACCUGAUGGGAGAGUCCAGCCUGGGUCCCCCGAGUCAAGUGGCCAACCCAAAGGAGUGUUUGGGGAACAGUUUGAUGCCAAGAACAAGCUGACGUGUUCCAUCUGCCUGAAGGAGUUCAAGAGCCUGCCUGCCCUGAAUGGCCACAUGCGGUCCCAUGGGGGAAUGAGAGCCUCCCCCAGCCUCAAACAGGAGGAAGGAGAGAAGGCUCCACCGCCUCAGCCCCAGCCGCCACUGCCGCCUCCGCCUCCGCCUCCGCCGCAGCUCCCUCCCGAGGCAGAAAGCCUCACGCCUAUGGUCAUGCCCGUGUCUGUCCCUGUCAAGCUUCUCCCGCCCAAGCCCAGCUCUCAGGGGUUCACCAACAGCGCCGUUGCCGCCCCUUCCGCCAGAGACAAGCCAGCCAGCUCCAUGUCGGACGACGAGAUGCCUGUGCUCGACGCCCCCAGGAAGCAGCCGCCGGCCGUGCCCAAGGACGAGCCCCUCAAGACGGUGCAGGAGAGGAAGAAGUUCCGGCACCGGCCCGAGCCGCUCUUCAUCCCGCCGCCGCCCUCCUACCACGCGCACCCCGCCCCGUCGGGCGCCACCCUGUACCAGAGCCAGCUGCGCUCGCCGCGCGUCCUCGGCGACCACCUGCUGCUGGAGCCCGGCCACGAGCUGCCCCCCUACACGCCCCCGCCCAUGCUGAGCCCGGUGCGCCAGGGCUCGGGGCUCUUCAGCAAUGUCCUGGUGUCGGGGCACGGCCCGGGCGCCCACCCGCAGCUGCCCCUCACGCCCCUGACGCCCACGCCGCGGGUGCUGCUGUGCCGCUCCAACAGCAUUGAUGGCAACGUGACCAUCACCCCAGGGCCUGGAGAGCAGACUGUGGAUGUUGAACCACGCAUCAACAUUGGCUUGAGAUUCCAAGCAGAGAUCCCAGAACUCCAGGAUGUCUCUGCCCUGGCCCAGGAUACACACAAGGCCACACUGGUAUGGAAGCCCUGGCCAGAGCUGGAAAACCAGGACCUUCAGCAAAGAGUGGAGAAUCUCCUGAAUUUGUGCUGUUCAAGUGCAUUGCCAGGUGGAGGGACCAAUUCUGAAUUUGCUUUGCACUCUCUCUUCGAGGCCAAAGGUGAUGUGAUGGCUGCUCUGGAAAUGCUGCUCCUACGGAAGCCAGUCAGGUUAAAAUGUCAUCCUUUAGCAAAUUACCACUAUGCCGGUUCUGACAAGUGGACCUCCCUAGAAAGGAAACUGUUUAAUAAAGCACUAGCCACUUACAGCAAAGACUUUAUUUUUGUACAGAAGAUGGUGAAGUCCAAGACGGUGGCUCAGUGCGUGGAGUACUACUACACGUGGAAGAAGAUAAUGCGGCUAGGGCGGAAACACCGGACACGCCUGGCGGACAUCAUCGACGACUGCGUGACAAGUGAAGAGGAAGAAGAGUUAGAAGAGGAGGAGGAGGACCUGGAAGAAGAUAGGAAAUCCACAAAAGAAGAGGAGAAUGAAGUGUCGAAGUCUCCAGAGCCACCGCCAGUCCCCAUCGUGGCUCCCACUGAGGGGCCACCCCUGCAGGCCCUGAGCCAGCCCUCAGGCUCCUUCAUCUGUGAAAUGCCCAACUGUGGGGCUGUGUUCAGCUCCCGACAGGCAUUGAACGGCCACGCCCGCAUCCAUGGUGGCACCAACCAGGUGACCAAAGCCCGAGGAGCCACCCCCUCUGGGAAGCAGAAAUCUGGUGGGGCCCAGAGCGGGUACUGCUCGGUGAAGAGCUCUCCCUCUCAUAGCACCACCAGCGGCGAGACAGACCCUACUACCAUCUUUCCUUGCAAGGAGUGCGGCAAGGUCUUCUUCAAGAUCAAAAGCCGAAACGCACACAUGAAAACUCAUAGGCAGCAGGAGGAACAGCAGAGGCAGAAGGCCCAGAAAGCAGCUUUUGCGGUGGAAAUGGCAGCCACGAUCGAGAGGACUACGGGGCCGGUGGGGGGACCGGGGCUGCUGCCCCUGGACCAGCUGGGUCUCAUCAAACCCAUCAAGGACGUGGACAUCCUGGAUGACGACGUCGUCCAGCAGUUAGGAGGUGUCAUGGAGGAGGCCGAGGUCGUGGACGCCGAUCUUCUCUUAGAUGAUCAAGAUUCAGUCUUGCUUCAGGGUGACACGGAACUGUAAAGCCCGUAUGCCACUUAGAGACCGUGUAAACCCAUAGCCUCCGUCUUCCUUAAUCAGGAAACCUGGACUGCCUGCUUGUUUUGUAACCCUUUUAUAAAACUACCUGUUUGAAAAGUGGUCAUUUUGUUCAGGUUGGGGAGGGGGGACAUUUCUUUUUAUUUAAGAAAACGGUUUGGGGAGGGAUUGGGGGGAAUAAAUAAUUGGCACAACUGUCUUUAAGAGGUGUUUCAUCUGAGCUACAUUCUCAUGAAACCAUUCCCAGCAGGGAAUGAACCUGAGGUUCACGUUCCAUCGCUUUCAGAUGUCAGCCAUCCUGGUUGCCUUUUAUCCCAAGCUUGCUGUGCGCGAGUGUGUGUGUGUGCGAAGCAGGCUACCCUCUUUGUGCUGGGGCCUUGGGCCAUCUUUUCCCACCGAGUUAUUUUUAUUCUGUUCUGACCUCAUUCUGUAGUUUGCAGUGAACUCGGCCUCUUUGCCAGGAGACUCUAUGCUAGGGAGUAGCUUUCUGGGGGGCAAAGCAAGCCCUUGUGUUCCUUGGCUCUCCUUGCGUACACGUCAUCUGAAGAAGUGACCAGAUGUAAAAAUAGGUUUCUCCCCUGCAAAGUCUGUCCCUCUUUGGCCUGUUUGCAGCAACAGAGUACUGUAUAAUUCUGGGCUUGUACUCUGGGCAGCGAUUUACUAAAGACCUGGUUUAUAUCGCAGGCCCAUCCUCUUCCAUGUUCCCUGGGGGCUGGUCAGCUCCUAGGUGUGAGUAGAAAAGCCUUGUUUCAGCAUGGGCUGACUAGAGACCUGUCUGGAGGCAAAUACCCCAACUGUUAAGUUGCCAGGACUACUUUCAUUCUGAGGGAGGCUAGUCCAAGGGCUCACUUGGAAGUAGCUAGAAUACCAAGAAGUGUUCUUUUGCCCAAAAAGCAAGAAGUCUAUUGUUUUUCACAACACUGUUAAUGGUCAGCGGAGUUUAGAAAUUCCCGUGUGCCACUUGGAAGUACUGUGAAACCUCAUUCACUGAGAUUUUGCCAAAAUUCACAUGUGUUGGACUCAAGUUCACCUUGACACUAGCUUUGAGAAAUAGGGUUUUCUAAGACGUAAUGGUAGCAAAUACAAGGGAAAUAGCAUAGGCGGCUAGUAAACAUGGCUUUGAGUACGCGUUAGCCGCAAUGUCUGCAUUCAGAGGAUGAAUGUAUCCAUUACGAGUCACUUACCAAAGCAUUUCUAGAGUUUUCCAAGCUGCAUGACUUGGUUCUGCCUCCUCCUGUCCCUGUUGGCAGGAUGCUGUUUGUACUUGAAGGUAAUAAACCUGUAAUCUUUCACACAUGUUUAGCCCAGGCUUUGGAGCGGAGUCAGAGUGACCCAUCCCACUGUUAGGGCAGAAGUCAGACUGGGAUACGGAACCAGCAUGGAGAAGAUCCUGCUUUCCAUGGCUCCCUCCAGGUUAGCCUCCCACGACUCCCUCCUCCAGGUUAACUUUUCAUGGCUCCCUCUUCAAGCAUUAGCUUAGUGACUCCCCAAGCAGGUGUUUUUGGGCCUCCUUUCACAACAGGUAGGCUAGUUCCCCAGUCCCAUGUAAGUGUGGCCAUCACGCUGAGCUACUUGGCUGGCACAUAGAUAGCAUGACAUUAGAGUGACUAUCACCAGAAGCAUGAGGACCUGAGCACCUGUAAAUUUGACCGGGAAAGCAUUUAGCGAACAUUAUUGGGGGCCAGCUGUGGCCCAUAGAAACCCCACACAGGCAAUGGUCUCUGACUCUCAGGAAAGCCUGAAAAGAAAAAUACAGACUCUUCAUUUCUAUCAUUCUGUUUUCAAAGAGGUUUUAAAGAUUUCUCUUUCUUUUUUUUUUUUAAUUUUUAAGGGGAAAAUAAGUGGUUUAUUUGCUGCCAUUUCGGACAGCUUAUUCUAUCCAGUGUUGUGUCAAAGCAGGUUUGAGUUCAGAACCUGCUGCAGUGGUGUGCACCAGCUUUGUGGCAAAACUAUUACAGAACCAUUCCAACUGUCAUAUCGUGGGCUGAUCGUCUCAGUCCCAGUGACUACUUCCCUCCUCUCACCCAGAUGUGAGAGUGAGCUAAAUGCUUCUGCUCUUGGGUCUAUGGAAUCUUAUCUAUCAAAGGUGCAAACACCUAGAAACAUGUUCAUAAAGCAAGUGUAUUCUUUCUGUUUGGAGAUUUGCCCAGCUGUUCUGGUUUUAAACAGUAGAAAUAAGCUGAGUUGCCAUGGCAAAAAAAUAUAAUGCAUAAUUUUAUUUUAAUUUUCCAUGCAGUAUAGCAUAAGGAUUUUUGACUUGAAAUAACCAAAGAACUCCUCCUCGAUGAGACAGUUCAAAUUCCUGAAUUAGUAUUUCUUGACUAUCAGCUAAAAGAAUUGACUUCCUAGUAAAAUAUUGCACUUAUUUUUUUUUUCCUGAAAUGAUUCUGCCUGCAUGUAUGUGUUGUGUUUUAGCUUUCCCCAGACCCACCCCAGACCCUACCCCAAAGAAUUUUUCUUCCUAAUGGUUAAUGUCUUCAGCAAACUUACUGUUUACGAUCGGAUGGUUUUUCAUUAGUGAAUUUAAACCUCUUUGAGAAAGCUUGUAUAUAAAAAGUUAACAGAUAUAUUUUAUGGAAAAACCCACCUUAUUUUCAAAUAUAUUUAACUGCUGUUAUAUUUUAUUAGAGGAAGGUUGUAAAUAUUUUCUAGGAGUUCUAUUGUAAAGAAAAGUAUUUUUGAAAAAAAUUAAUGUAAUAAAAAUUAAAACAUUUUUAAAUGGUGGUUGUGAUUGCUUCCUGUUCGGGCUUCGUUAUGUUCUAUUCUCAGCAAAUGACUUGCAUGCCUUCCAUAUCAGGAUGUAAUUUAUUCAGGUUUGCACUAUUAUAAGUUGACAUCAUAAUAUCUAGUGUGCUUAACUGUAUUUUCCUGGAAUGCAGAUCCCUUGGUCCAUAUCAAAGCACUAUGUAUAGCAUAUUCAUAAUUUUUCUUUUGUAAUGUGUGUAUUUUUAAUAAGGAUUUUAUGUAACAUUUUGGCAAAAAAAAAGAGGACAGUAUUUUCUAGUGACUUUUAUAACAUUUUGCUAAAAAUGUUUCUUCCUAGGUCAGUUUUUGUUAAGGUGAACCAAAAGUCUUAUUUUACCAGGGAUUUAAAAAAAAAAAAAAGUUGAAGCUUGAAAGCAAAGUUAUAUUUAAACAUCAUAUGUAACAAAUAAAUAAAAAUGUUUUAUAGAUUUGUCCUAAAAAAGGUGCAUUCCUUAAAAAUUAAAUAAAAGGGCAUUCUAGCUUGUUUUACCUUCCUGAAUGAAAAACUUUCCUUUCUUCAAUUAUUGCAAUACUUUCUCAGAAGGAAAACCAGGAGAAUUUUCUUUAGUAGGUUCCAGUCAUUAGCCUUCACAGAAAUUUA